GGACGGACUGCACGGAGGAGUUUUCAGAGAUUUAUUCCAGAUUUUAGGGAGACACUAUUCUUUCCUUCGAUGGCGAAUUCUUUAUCGAUGUUUAUUGUCUUCGCGUAUUUCGAUAAGAUCGGUGUAAGACGGUAAUUGCACAGCAUAUGCAGGUUGAUUGUUUUCGCUGACGAAGACUGCACCGUUCUCUCCCUUUUCGAUCAACUCCACAAUAGCAUUUGCCACAUGCUCAGAUGCGAAUAUGUUGAACAAUCGACUGAUACAAUACCCGAGAGUUCUUCGACACUCGCCACAUUUCCGACGAGAAAAAUGGCCCGAUCUGCGCCGAAUUCUUUCUUCAAUUCCGCAACAGCAGUUUCGCCGUUCGAAUCUGGCAAAUCUACGAUUGUGACAGCCUGUAAAAUAUAAUAAUGCAUCUCGCGCGAGGAGAAGAGACCCUGAUAAAUCGAACGUCACACACAGAUCGCGAGGUCAAAGGUCAUCAAACGAAAACACUGGGUUCUUCUAUAUCAGUUCAAGGAGGUUCUCAAGACCGGUCGAAGAUCCACAUCGCAACUGGUGAUCACAGCAUCCAAAGAAACGUAUUUGCUUGUCGAUUACGUGCAAUUUCGCAUGAAAUUCAUUCGACAUAAAAUUCGCAAACAAAAGUCGAUGGUUUUAAGUGUUGAUCGGGUCCUUUUAUAAGUGAAGAGUAAAUUCAGGAAAGAACAGUAGCUGGUAAAAUUGACAGGAAAUAUGCAGAUCAAGGAUAAACGAGUUAUAAUGACAGGAGCAGCAACUGAUUUGGGUCUGACAUUUAGCAGAGAGCUGCUGCGGAAUGGUGCCUCGAUUAUAGUUUUAAUCGAUGCUCAGCAAUCUUCCGGAGAACAAGCUGUAGAGAAUUUAAAUAACGAGUUUGGCCGCAAACGUGCUGUAUUUUUGCAUUGCGAUGUGACGAAUAAUUCCGAAUUUGACGCCACCUUUAAAGAGGCGAUCAAGAUUCUCAAUGGAUUGGAUAUUUUAAUAAAUAAUGCUGGCGUGAUAAACGAAAUUGAUUUUUCCAAAGCUAUUGAUGUUAAUGUGACAUCUGUAAUUCGUGGAACCCUCCUGGGAAUUCAACAAAUGCGAAAGGACUCUGGAGGCAAAGGUGGCGUUAUCGUAAAUAUUUCGUCCAUUGCCGGAUUACAAGCAGUAUCUCAGCUUCCGGUAUAUUCUGCUACGAAACACGCUGUAGUUAGUUUCAGCCGGUCUUUUGCACAACCUUAUCACUAUGACAGAACCAAUGUAAAAGUAAUCGUUCUGUGUCCUGGUUUGACCGGCACACCAGUUUUCGAAGGUCUGCCGGAAGAUAUUUCAAGCACUGACAUUUUGCAGAAGUAUCAACCUCAGAGGGUGGAUAGCGUUGCUCAUGGAUUGAUAUAUGUAAUUCGUUGCGCGCAAAAUGGUAGCGUGUGGAUUAGCGAGGAUGGAAAACCAGUUUACGAAGUGCAGCUUCCCGACACUCUACCGCAGAAGAAAACCGAGAUCGACAAAGUCCAUCUGAACAGCCCCGCCACGAAGAAAGUCGCGGUAUCGUGGAGAAUCCCACGUUGCUGCUUAUAUAAAUACUUGGAGGACCGUCUCGAAGAUCAGUCAAAACAUCCCAAUCCGCCAACACUUCGCCGACGUUCAUCAGCAUCCGAAAGAGCGAAGGAAAUAGAAGCAAUUAAUUGCAUAGUUUCUGCGAAAAAUGUUUUAAUAACUGGCGGAGCAGCAGGAUUGGGUAACGCUUUCCUCAACAACUUCUUAAAGCAUGGAGCAAAUAAAAUAAUUAUAUUGGACAUCGAUGCUGAAACCGGCAAACGAAUCGCACUUGGUAUCGAAAAAUCUUACGGCGAAAAGAAGGUAUACUUUAUACAGGCCGACGUAUCUAAUCACAAGCAAAUGACUGACGUUUUCGAAGAAGCAUCUUCGCUGUUGGGAAGCAUUGAUAUCGUAAUUAACAACGCUGGGGUUUUGGACGAGCGAAGAUGGGAAAAGGAAAUCGCGAUAAAUAUUGGUGGCAUGAUCAAUACUGCAAUGUUAGCCGUGAAAUACAUGAGAAGAGAUACGGGUGGUCAUGGUGGUAUUUUGGUGAACGUGAGCCAACACACGGAUAUUCGAAACACGGCCCAGCUUCCGGUUUAUACUGCCACGAAACACGCCGUCAUUGGUCUAUCGGAAUCUCUUUCGGAUCCUUGUAACUACGAGAAGACCGGUGUUUCCGUAAUAACUUUGUGUCCAGGACUGACGGAAACCGCCCUGACGAUAGACAGCCCCAACAAAUUACUCUCCAGAGUUAUGAAGGCGGAUUUCGUUAAAAGUCUUGAACAAUUCUCGAUACAGACACCUUAUGUAGUCGCGCAGGGUCUAAUGACAAUAUUGAGGACCGGCGAGUCCGGCAGUAUUUGGGUAAUCGAGAACGGCAGAGCGCCUUACGAGAUUUACGUGCCGAAUCCGCAAACACUACGCCGACACUACAAGAACAACUUUUCGUACGUCGACACUAAGGUCGUGAGAGGUCGCGCGAUAAGGGAAGUCUGCGACAACAGUAGAACAGGCCUGAUGAGCUGUGCCUGAUAAUUAAACAAGGGCUCGACAUCGUGAUCUCUCUCUUGCUCUACUCUAGGGUCAAGAAUCUUUUCGCGCGACGUCCACGUGGCGGACGCGUCGUCACUCGUCGAGACUUCGAUGAAGACAUUUCACACACACAAAUAUAAUCAAAAGCGCGAAAGUGAUGGAAGUGCAGUCGAAGCGAAAAGUCGUGAUAAGCUCGCAAAAGAUCUGUUCUUUCGCGAUUAUCACGCAUCCUCCGUAUAUUAUUUUAUAUUAUAUAAUUAUAUAUUUAUUAUUAUUAUAUAAUAUCAUAUAAUACUAUUAUAUAAUAUUAUAUAAUUUCACGCGCAUCUUCUGCCAUUUGACUGUAUUCGCGCAAUAGUUUAUAUUUCUUUCAUAAAUUUUCUGGCACAUUGUAUACGUAUCUGAGUUUAUUUUUUUUUAACGAAAAGUCAGAUUAUAUAUAAUAGAUAUUUUUGUGAUAAAAUUUAUAAUAAAUGAUUUGAAAAAUAAUAUCGAUACAUAGAAAUAAGAUCCCAAGCAAAUUUCAUAGAUUCGUACGAAUACUUUUACUUAUUUCCUUAUAUCCUGUAAACUUUCAAAUUCGUUAUGAAUAGAGGAACAUUGGAAUUUCUCUCAAUUACUUUGAUACUAAAAGUUUCAGUGUGCAUGUUAACGACAAUCACUUUCGAGUCAUUUAAAUGCGUCAUUUAAAAACAUAAAAACACAAGUCCAUAUGUGCAGAAAUAGAAAGACAUAAUUGCUCUCGGUACGUCCGACACGUGAUAAACUAACGCGACCUGUUAAUCUGAAAGGACGAUAAUAAAUCACUCUAGUUUGUAUCGCUUAUCAAGCAUUUGAAAAACACUGGAUGUAGCGCGUGGAAGACGCCAUUUUUUACGCACAUUUUAAUCACAUCGUAUGUAAUACGCAGCACAUUUCAGUAUUAUCAAGCACACGAUAGCCUUGUAUUUAACAUACGUUAAGGUCCUACGUGUAUAAAGACGUUAUAUAAUUCUAUUUA